CGUCCGCUCGCCGCCGGAAGCGGCGGUGUGUGGGGCGCAAGAUGGCGGCGGGGAUGUACCUGGAGCACUACCUGGACAGUAUUGAGAACCUGCCCUUUGAAUUACAGAGAAACUUCCAGCUCAUGCGGGAUCUGGAUCAGAGGACAGAAGACCUCAAGUCAGAGAUCGAUAAGUUGGCCACGGAGUAUAUCAGCAAUGCACGGACUUUGUCUUCAGAGGAAAAACUGGGGCUUCUCAAGCAGAUCCAGGAGGCCUAUGGGAAGUGCAAGGAAUUUGGGGACGACAAGGUUCAGCUGGCAAUGCAGACCUACGAGAUGGUGGACAAGCACAUCCGGCGGCUGGACACAGACCUCGCUCGCUUUGAAGCGGACCUGAAGGAGAAGCAGAUAGAGUCGAGUGACUAUGACAGUUCUUCCAGCAAGGGCAAGAAGAAGGGCCGAGCCCAGAAAGAGAAAAAAGCUGCCCGUGCUCGCUCCAAAGGGAAAAACUCUGAUGAGGAAGCACCAAAAACUGCCCAAAAGAAACUGAAGCUCGUCCGCACUAGCACAGAGUACGGGAUGCCUUCUGUCACCUUUGGGAAUGUGCACCCCUCGGAUGUACUGGAUAUGCCUGUGGACCCCAAUGAGCCCACCUACUGCCUCUGCCACCAGGUCUCCUAUGGGGAGAUGAUUGGCUGUGACAACCCAGAUUGUUCCAUUGAAUGGUUUCAUUUUGCCUGUGUGGGUCUGACAACAAAACCAAGAGGAAAAUGGUUCUGCCCUCGCUGUUCCCAGGAGAGGAAGAAGAAGUAAAUUCACAGGAGACCUCAGUACUGCUGCAGGAGCUCUCUUCCCCCUGCCAGGGCCUCGUCCAGUUCCCCCAGCCCUUGGGGCCUUGGCUGAAGGGAAGUCUUGCCCUGUUUGUGGUUUGGGCCGUCCCUGGAAUGGUGUGUACCCUGACGGUGCUUCCUGUGUGUUCUGUAUCCCUGGUUGCUUCUGAGUCCUUAAGGGAGGCCCUCUCUGUGUACUAUUCCAAACAGGUCUCUGAACCUCAAAGGGAAUGAAUGAGGGCACCAGGGUAGCCACCAGAUUCCCAGGGAUUCAGGUAGCCCCUGAUUUUCCUUGGCUUUCCUUCAGCCUCCUCAGAGUUCAUUGCCUGUUCUCUGCUUAGAGAACAAGGCUAUGGGAUGGGGGAAGGAAAGGAGGUAAGUUCAGCAUUUUAGGUCAUUCAUUUUCCUGGAUCUUUUUCAGGAGAGAGGGAGUAACCAGGCUACUUCUUAAUCUAGUGGGCUGGUUGAGAGACUGAAAACCUGAUGUGCUCCCUGUCUUUAACCAUUCCACUGCUGGCAUUGGGCAGCCUCUUUUGUUGGGGAGAGGAGGAGGCAGAGGGAUGUUUAGAGCUAGCUUUGUCUCUCUUAUUCCUGGGGUAAACCUGCUGGUCUGGGAAGCACUCUGUGUGAAGGAGGAAGAAUUUCUGACCACGUGGGGAGAAACAGCUUGGUCCAGUCUGUCUUCCGGCCUCAAAAUUCUGCCUUCCUCUUGUGUAAUGGUGCUUCUCCAUGGCAUUGAUGGUGGGAAGUUUGGGAUUCAGAUCCCACUUGUAUAAUACAGAAUGAAAUAAAAUUCAUUGAAACCAA